AUGGCUACUCCUUCUUCCGAUGCCAGCACUGCCGACAAACACCCGAAUAAACCGUCGAUUGCACCCCAGAUCUACGUGAGUGCACACAAACUGCAGCGAGCCAUCAACAUCGAAACGCUCGAUUUGCUGCACGAGUCAUUCGGUAGCAGACCAAACUCCAGCCAGCAGUUCAUCGACGUGGGCUGCGGGACGGGAGACUUCACGCACCAAGACCUGCUGCCGCGCUGCCAGCCCUGCCGCAGGAUCGUGGCCACGGACCUCUCCAGAAAGAUGGUGGAGUACGCCAAGGAGAACUUCGCGCAUCCGCAGAUUUCGUACGAGGUGCAUGACAUUGAAAGCGACGUCUCUGGACUCGUCGAGAAGUACGGCAAGUUUGACCGCGUCUACUCGUUCUUCGCCCUGCAAUGGGCGGGGGACCUCACCGCUGCUCUGCGCAAUGUGGCCGACUUGAUGACCGACGAAGGCGAGUGCUUGCUGCUGUUCGGGGCUCGCCUCACUCUGCACAAGGUGUGGAGGAGGAUUAUGCAGGUGGACCGGUGGAAGCCGUACAAGGAAGUUCUGGAGCGCUUCAUUCCACCAAGCCAUGACAUGGAAGACAUCUCAGGACUUAUCUCGUACAUGCUGAGGGUCCUUGAGAAUGCCAAUCUCAAGCCGCGCACAUGCCAGGUGCUAUCCCAAGACCGACACGGCUCCGACCCGAACGAAUUCAUCAAACUCGAACUUUCUUUAGAUCCCGUUCUACCCUUGCUGCCGGAGGAAUCAAAGGCCCAAUUCAAGACUGACGUGGCGGACAUCAUUAACAAGAUGUGGACUGAGAAACCAGCUGGGGAUCCACAGCUUGUGACGGACAUGUUCGUGGUUCACGCGAGCAAAAUAUAA